AGCGAGCGCGCGCAAGGUCGAUCGAUAGAAAAUCGUAAGGCGCCCUGCCCAGCGCUCGUCAGUAUAUAUACUCACCUGCACCGGUGUCGCACGCUUUUCGAUUACCAAAUCAGUUUGCCCGCUGUCGCUGUGUGUAUGUGUGUGUGUGCCCUUUGAGAAGCUUUUUUUAUAUUAAUUACAGUAAAGUCUCGUCGUGUACCGGUCGGAGAAAAAGUUUUGCAAUUUUUUUUCUUUCCGCGUUCCGAACGCAUGAUUGACCAUCGAUACUUUUCGUACAAAAAGUGUUUGGCGAUAAAUCAUCGAGCAUGACGGGCGCGAGCAAACAUGACUUGGAAAGCGUAGCGGCGACCAAGCCAGCAGCGUCUUCUUCGGAGGGUCAACAAGAGGAAGAGAAUAAGGACUGGAGUUGUUGGCAAUUGCUCCUGAUGCUACUCAAUGGUAUCAAUCACGUACUGGUGCUGCUCGUGACUGGUUACAUGGUUUACUUGACUUCUCAUCUGACUAAACCUAUAGAUUACCACGUUCUGCUCUGCACUCUUGGGUACGUCCUGUUCAUGUCGCAGGCCAUCGUCUCGCUGGGAGGCACGAAUCUCUGGAGCAGGUUCCUGUCGCGUCGCACCAACAGCCACCUCCACUGGAUCCUGCAGGUGCUGGGGGCUGUGUGCUUCGUCGCCGGGGUCAUCGUCAUCUACCUGGACAAGCAGCGUCACUUCAGGUCGGUCCACGCGAAGCUGGGCAUCGUCUCGGUCGGCGCCGCGGCCUUCAUCUUCCUCUCGGGCGUCUUCUCGCUGUUCGCCUUCAGGCUGCGCAAGCUGGUCAAGCCGCUGCUGAGCAAAUUCACCCACAACACUCUGGGCUUGGCGUGCUUCGCCGUGGGCAUCGCCGCCCAGUGCUACGGCUACAAGAAGCACUGGAUGGUCACCAACAAGGCCGACCACAUGAAAGACUACCUGAUCGCGGCGACGGCCGGCAUCGCUCUCGUCUCCGUGAUAGGUGCUUUGCGCACCUGGUACGGUCAGCUGAAGGGUCUCGUUAGGCCGUACCUCUAAGCGAAAUUCAAUCCAAUUGACUUUGUGGCUCGUAGCUCACGGGCACUCGUAAUGGGCCUCGACGCGAAAUUCGUUCGUUCGGUCGUUUGGUCGAUGACGCGUUGACGAGUCGCGCGACGACGCUGCUGCCGCUGCACCAGUCCAUCUUUUGCCACGGCGAGUUUAUCGAGCUGUACGGAGCGCGUCGGCUGAUAUGGAACGAAAAAAAGGAAGGUACUCGACGCGCGUACCUGACACUCGAUAUUUUUUCGGAGAAAUAAAAGUUAUUCGUUUGAUAUGAAGUUUUUUCCUCACUCUCUCGAAAAAAAAAUUGCUAUAGCCAACGUAUAUAUAGAUGGAAUUGAAAUUAGGCCUUGGGCGGCGCCGCACGAUGCAAUAAUCGUCGAGCUCGAGCAUUUAGCUGCGUACAAACUCCAUUGUAUACAUCUAGUCCACUUGAAUUAUCAAUAGCCGGGCCGGGCCUGGCCGUUCAACAAGUACCUGUGGUUCUUAAUCAAUGUAAAAUGCCAAGCACAACAGCUGCGCACGCAGUUGGAGAUGCAAUCGUACGUGUGUGCUGCUGCUGGAUGCAAGUAUCCUCCCAGGCGCCCACGCAUAUGGUGCCGUGCAAUAUAGGUAUAUACUUACAUAAGAUUGAUUCGCUCGUACGGGGUCGGAAGGCUGAACGAAGCAGCAAAUGCGUUAGACGUUAGAGGCACAUCAUCGGAUGUUCAUUAGCUCGUCGGCGCAUGUAUGUACUAUGUGUGCGCGCGUGGAGAGCAUUUGCGAUGAAGCUUAUACUGAGCGGCGAGCGCACAUAAUAAGCGCGUCAAUAAUCGCGCCCGCAACGCGCCGCGUCAGGAGCUUAUGCGCCCUCGCGCCCGCACCCGCGCCCGAGCUGUUGCAGGUAAUGCCUAUUAAACGAGCCUUGCAAAUCGACCGUUUAUGCCUCUGCGUGUGCAUGGCCGAGGAUAUUGCCGGAGAAUAUAACGCAGCUGGCCCAGCUACCUGCUCUGCAACGCCUCUCUUUUAUGCAAGCAGCUCCCAUAGUACAGUGCGCCACUGCGUACGAGAAUAUCGGCUGCAGCUUUGAACGCGCUACACGCACACGUCCGAGAGCGAUAGAGCUUAAAUAUUCAUUUGUGUUUAGGAUGAAAUCAAUGCUUUAGCCAAAGUAUGUAUAUAUCUUAUGUAAAGUCGCUACUGGCUGGUCCGGUGGCGCUCGAGUGUGCCGCUUUACGAGCUCGCCAUAAACUCGCUAAAUAGUGAAAU